ACUUUUCCGGCACUUUCUCCCAUUAAAUCCAAAAAUAUAAAAAAUAAAAAAUAGAGAAAUAGAAAAUGUCAUGGUUAGCUCGUUCUCUGGCCAGCUCCCUCCGUCUCGACGAAAAUAACGGCGACGGCGACGGCAAAGACUACGACGUCGUACCGUACAGAGCUGACGAUCCAGACCCGGCACCAUCUUCAUCCACCAAAUCAUCACGCCAGCGACAAGAAGAUCAAUACGAUCCCGAAGAUAAUGACAUCCAAUCAGAAGAGGCACAAUCUCGAGGCGUCAAAGACGACCUCUCCGAGCUCAAACAAACCCUCACUCGCCAAAUCUGGGGCAUGGCCACCUUUCUCGCUCCCCCUCCAUCGCAACUCUCCACUCCCUCUCAUUUCCGCCAAUCCGAGCCGUCCGAUCAAUCUGGGUCCGGAGGCGAAGAUGAUCCGUCUGAUGAUGCUGCCUCCGGGAUCCGGAGCGAUAUCGCGGAGAUCGAAGGGAGCUUCAGGAGCGGAGUCACGGAGAUCUCCAAUAUAGACUCGAACUUUCUCCCCUUUGGCUCGGAGAGAAAUGAGGAACUACUGGAGGAGCGUGGCUUAGAAGGAGCCAUUGGGAUUACCGAGGAGGUUUUGGCGUUCGCUAGGAAUAUCGCUAUGCAUCCCGAGACGUGGUUGGAUUUUCCAAUUGAUGAGGAGGAGGACUUGGAUGAUUUUCACAUGUCUGAUGCCCAGCAAGAGCAUGCUUUGGCCAUCCAAGAUCUUGCUCCGAGAUUAGCUGCCCUGAGAAUUGAACUUUGUCCUUGCCAUAUGAGUGAAAGCUAUUUUUGGAAAGUCUACUUUGUGCUUCUGCACUCUAGACUCAAUAAACACGAUGCAGAUAUCUUGUCCACAUCCCAGGUUGUGGCUGCCAGAGCAAUGUGGAUGCAGGAGCUACAGAAGCAAACGAAGGUGGAUACUGACUGGUCUGCGAGAAGCACUUCCUAUUCAAAAGACAAUGCUAAUAUACUGGAGCAGGAUUUCGAUCCUAUACCAUUGGGCACAUUUUGUUUUGAACCUUCUAUCUCCUCUGUGGCAACAGAUGUUGAGACUGAGAAGCAUCCAGUCGAAAGCACCGAGCUGCAAUUUGUUGAUAAGUCUGUUAUUGCAGAGAAUCCGGGAAUUAACACCGAGAAUAAGGAUUUACUGUUUGGUCCAUCCUCCAAACUACAGAUACAGAAUUUAGAAGACGAUGAGGAUGACUGGCCGGAGGAUGAUUCUGAAUUUGGUAGGUUUAGUGGAGCUGCCAUUUGCGUGGGGAAUGAGGAUGACAUAUCUUUUAGCGAUCUAGAGGAUGAUGAGUAUUGCAGUCUACCCAUAAAAUCAAAGAGCGUGGUUUCAAAGGAUUAGGAAUCUUUGAAACUCCAUGAUUGUGCAUAUAAGUUCUGCUGAUUGGACAAAAGAUGGUGCUGGACAGUGAUGACAUGCGAAAACUCAAGGGCUUCAAGAAAAUUCCUCAGCUGUCUCAGGCCAAGUAUAUAAUCAAGAGUUGUCACAACAUAAGUAUUUUUUGUACAUGAUUGAAUGUUUGGUUGGUUGUGUGAGAAUUGUACAAACGCAGUCUUAGUGAUUCAGCAAAGAUAGAAAGCUGUUGUCAAGUUGUCAUUGAUGAUCAAAUUAUUUUUGUUGUUUUAUCUGAAGACAAACGUGCGAGGACUCGGUUAGAUAACCGUGCAAGCAUUGAAAAUGUCCUUGUAUUUGUUGUGUGUCACAUGAAUCUCAUGAUGUACAACAAAGCCUUAUUUUAAAUAAAUAAGGCCUUUUCAGCU